UGAUCUCAGAUGCUAGGUAAAAAUACCAUUGUUUGGUCAAGGCUCAGAGUAAUAUUGAAAACAUGAGGCAUUACGACCCAAAUAAGGAUCUCGUUUCAGCCAUAGACUUGUGGUAGCUUUUCUCAGAAUGUUCCCUUUUGAAAGUGUAAAUCUAGACUAUGUGAUCUCUCUCAGAUGAUGCAGUCUGUCUGUGCGUGUGUUAUUUUCUGCUAUUUAAGUUAUGCACAGUGAUUUCCAUUGCAUUUUUGAACUGAUGUGCCAGGUGCUUUGAAAGAGAUGUCAUGCUUGUACUGUCAAAACAUCUCCAUACUGGUGUGCUGUAUGAUCUCAUUUUAUGGUGCUUUCAGUAUACUUUACAUGCUGUAUAUCUUGCUGUCAGUCAUGCAAAUAAGAAGAUGUGCUUUUCAUCGCCUUUUUCAUUUUACACAACAGUUCAAAUGAUCUACAAAGAUGAAUUUUAUAGAAGAGCAAGUGUAGCUGCAGAUUACACAACAAGCUGUUUUAACUCCCUUAAGCUACUGAAUUAGUCACUGUGGAAUGGGUUUUAAAUAUGGGUCAUCAAUGUCCCUCAGUAUGGGCUCAACCAAACACUGCUGCUUUAAGCCAUGAAGGAGUCUAUUGAGUGUAUGAGCUACUUUUGCAAAUUGUAAAAAGAAAUUCUGCUGUUGCCUUUUGAAUUGGUUGUAAUUCAUGAAUUCUGUCAAAUGGUACAAUUAUUUGAACAUUCAGGUAUUGUUUACAUGUGUGCAGCUAAAGCUGAUAAAUCCUCCUGUCAACAUACGUCCGAUGGAGACCAUGGCCUUUAUCCUGUUUUUACAUUUGCUUCACUUGUCAGGAGGUAAACAUGCACCCGAUAAACAGUGUGUCACAGCAGAGCUCACUGGGGCUUUCUAGGAUCCAAGCCAUAUGUAAGCUUAAUUUAAUGCAGCUUGAAAAAAAAAAAAAAGGCUGAUCGUGGAUAAAGGCCAGAGCCACCGAAUUCACCCAAUCAUUUCCAUUUUUUAUGUUUACAUGUUUAUUAAUUAAAGUGAACGCAGGGUGGUUUUGGCAAAUAUUUGAUGUACUGUAUAAUACUGUCAUUGUUUCUGUUGGGGCUUUCUUUCUCUUUAUUGAACACAGAACCACAUCAUCCUUAUACGAGACACAUAGUGAAUACAAGUGAACAUACUGUAGCGGUGAGAGAUACUGAUGAUUUGAAGUGGACUACGACCUUAUAUAUUUACAACACAACUUAAAAGUUGUGAUCGCUUUCCCAAUAUGCACAUGAGAAAUGUAAAUUUAAAUAGCAUCAAUGUUGGCUACACAUUUUUAUAACUUAAAAAGCAGGUAAUCAUGGUUUGAUAUUGGAACAUAUCAAUCUUUGUGGGUAAUACAUUCCUUGCUGGGUAGAUUCCUAAAAAAUAAAGAACAAAGAAACAUCAAAUUGGAGAUGAAUAUUUGACAUGGAAGGGAGAAGGUUUCAAUAAGUAACAUUCCCCCCCACAGCAGAGUGUAAAAUAAAUAAAUAGUAUCAGCAAGGUUUUUGUUUUUCAGACUUGUGUUUAGCAGUGGUGGAGUACUCUACUGUAAGGUACUUGUACUUGGGUAAUUCCAUUUCAAUCUACUUUAUACUACUACUUCACUGUAUUUUAGAAACAAUAUUGUACUUUUUACUUCACUUCAUUUAUUUGAUAUCUAGUUACUUUGCAGAUUCAGAUUAUUAAUACAAUACCAACAUCUACUAAUAAAUCACGAUGUAUUAUUGUGGAUAAAGCGGACAAAGAAAGUAGUUUGAAUUAGCCCCCCCUUUACUUUACAUUAGUGAUGCUUACACGUUAACGCAUCACUAAUUGUAAUCCAGUGAUAUGAAAUGCAUUAUUCUGAAAAGGGCCAUUCUGCAUAAUGAGUAAUUUUACUUUUGUUAGUACUUGUCCGUAUGUAAGAUUUUAAACAAUGCAGUGUUACUUUCAGCAAUAGCUCCUACAUGUAGCUAGUGUUGUCUGUGCCGGGGGCGCCCCCUGUGGCCGGCAGCGGUACUGAACAUCCAGCAGGACUCUCGCUGCGUUGAGUCAGUAGUUCUCCGAAGCUUCUGCCGACUGGAGGGAUGUGACCCCGGAACAGGACGCCCUCCUACAACAACACACCAUUCAAACAGAGCAUAGAAGAAAGAAAAGCUGGACCAGGAGGGAGCCACAGGAGCAGGGGGGAUGAACCGCGAGGAGGCCCCGGGGAAGUCUCCUGAAGACAUGUACGUCCAACAGAAAGUGCGGGUCCUGCUCAUGCUAAAGAAGAUGGGAUCAAAUCUUACGCCCAGCGAAGAGGCUUUUCUCCGGAAUUACGCAGGUGUGGUCCACAGUCAGAUGAGCCAGCUACCACAGCACAACAUAGACCAGGGUGCAGAGGACGUGGUGAUGGCGUUCUCGCGGUCAGAGGCGGAGGACCGACGACAGUGACCCUGGGCUCUCUCCCCCCCUUUCCACCCCACUGCAUCUCCCCCCUCCCCCACCCUCUUCCCGCACGUGAUCCACAGCAACUCCACAAACACGACACUGAUGAGCACAGGAGAGGAGGGGAAGAGACACCAGGAGGUGGCUGCCUCGCUCUCCUCAGCCUCUUCCAUCCCCGACUCCUCAUACAAGCUGGCGGCCAUUACCUGAGCUGCACUCAAGUGCUUCGCUGUGGGGCGACGCCUCAGCAACAAGGCAGUCAGUGAAAACACUCACAGAUUGUGUGGAUGAAUAUCAAAUGUAGUUUCUUUUUCUUUCUUUCUUUUUGUGGGUGGGUUGGCUUUGUUUUGUAUUCUUUUGUCUGUGUUGAGACUUUAGGCAGUGUUACAUGUUGUAUCUGCUGUGGUCACUGGAGGAAGUGACCAGUCAGCAGCUAACUGAAGCAAAGAGAAAUAUAGAUCUGGUCGAGCAGCGAGUGUGAGGAUUGUGAUCGUGUUAGGGGAGAGAUUUUUUUUUAAUUAUUUCUGCUGACCCCUGAUGGGGCUGAAAUAGUUUUUGAUUUAGCUGUUGUGUUAUGAAGGCUUUUGUAUUCUGUCACACACGGGGCCUCAUUCAUAAACAUGUUGUGUGUAUAAAUAGAGGCGCGAUAGACGGGUUCUUCAUCUCCCACGCAGAUGUCGGGAUGUUUCUGAAGAGCGUCGACACGCUUUCUUCAACCUGCAUGCCGAAGGCCAAGUAGUCAAAUAAAAUCGAAUGUAUUCAUAACUCUUCUCAGACAAUUAAUUUCACUUUAAAUCAAAUUCCGGCCUGUUUAUUUUUCACCUUCUUGCGGCAGGAAGUCAGUCGUAGAACCUAGACUCACUCAUGGAGUGCCUCAACAACAUGUCGUUUAGGUAUCGAACUUGAUUCUCUCUUGAUUUGACGGUGCUCACUGCUGCUGCGACGCAGAAAUAACAACAAACAAAACGGUAAAGUCGAACCGACUAAAGAUCAAAUUUUUCUUUUUGUAUUUGCAGUCUGACCUUUUGUUGACGUACAAAUGCUAGAAUGAUGCCCUGAGUGAUGUGUGUGCCUUAACACACGCAGCAGGCCCGUCGUUAAUCAUUCAUGUUUGAUUACGGGGCUCAGCAGAGCAGGAUGACGAGGCUAGUGGCAUGACGGAAGUGGAAAGAGUAUUUUUGAGCGCACGUCGUUUUCCUCUCGACGAAUCUUCGCACAGUCUUCUAAAUGAGGCCCCUCUUGUUCUUCUUCUGCUGCUUUCUUUUGAACCACAGGCUGUUGAGAGUGCAGCGAUGCGUUUCUCUGGAGGAAGGUGCAAGAAUUAAAGACACUAGCAGACAUAAUCACAUGAAACACAGGAGUACACAUUCUCCCCAAACAAACACUGGUUUGGGGUUGUUGUGACAUGUCAAACCUUUUCUUUUUUUUUUUAUUGUACAGAUAGUUGGGAAAAUUGAUUGUGCCAAUUGUAUUUUUUUUUUUAUCUGUAAGAUAACAUUAACAUAAUGAUUUAAGAAAAUUGAUAAGAGACGAGACGCUGUAGUUGUAAUUUAUUGUUUACUGAAUUGACUUCCUCGAACACAUCGUUAAAGAUGGAGAACCAGUAGAUAGUUUAACGUCAUCCGCAGCUCUGUUCACACUAAAGUCACAAACUCUACAUUUUUAACUAAACAUGGAAGCUGUGUGCUAUUUCUGACUGUACUGUAUCUCUUGCACUAUUAUCAAUGGGAUAUUUGCAAAAAAUACAUUUUGAUAUUUAGGGCAGAGAUUUUAUGUUUGGAUUCAAUGGAUAAAAGAAAACUUUGUAACCAUGUUUUUAUUCCUUCGCUGAUUUCAAAAAAAAAGAAAAGUUCCUUCUCUGUGUUAAUUGACUCGACUGGAAAAGCUCAAAUGAAUAUUUGUUAACAAACCAACAUGUUUUUCUAGUGACAUGAUCAAUAUUUAAUGUAUUUUAAGUACAGUUUGUCAGCUUGUAUAACUUAAAAAAAUAAUUGUAACGUAAUGUUUUGAAGCCAAGCAUGUCUGCCUCGUGGUUUAUAAUGUGCAUUCAAGCGGCGCCAAACCAUUGUUUGUACAUUCUUGACGUUUGUUGACGCUACUAGCUCUUUUAAAAUGUUUCAGAAAAAAAAAAAAAUGAUUUCUUGUAUGGGUAAAGUGUGAUCCAUUUAUUUGUUGUUGGCAAUAACUUCUAUUUGAAUGUCCUCGGUAAUCAUUGCGAUGUAAUCAGCCAACGGAUCUAUCACGCUGUCCGCCUACGACAAAGACUUUUGUCUUUUUAUGUUUACUCUUGUUUUAAAACAUUCUUUAUUUGUCUAUGCAUUGUUUUUUAUCUCUCUCUAAAAGGCGUCUUACUGUACAUUUAACUAUCACGGUUGUUCUACAGCCUUUAUUCAAGUUGUGGGUGUGUGUUUGAGUGUGUGUGUGUGUUUGAGUGAGUGGGUGAGAUCAUCGUUGAACUUGCGACCGGUUUUGAUUUUCAGCAUGCUGUUAAGUGUGACUAGGAUCGAUGUAUCUUUUUACUGUGAUGACCUGACGUUGCCUAAUUGUUCUUUUUUGCGUUGCUUUUGUAUUUUAUUUUCCUCUCAGUCGACAUUGAUUUGUUGGUUUUGUUUUAUAUGGCUGCUGACCAUGUCCUGACUUAAUGCUUCCAAAUCCUAUACCAACUGAACCAUUAAAGAUAUUUUAAACAGUGAAA